CCCAGCGCGAAGGCGGAGCCGGGUUACAGCCGCCUCCUCGGCGCCACAGAGAAGACCCCCGGGAGUUCGGCGGCCCAGGCGCUCCGGCUCCGCGUCCCGAGCCUCCCCCGGCUCUCCGCGCUCCUCCCUCUCGGCGCGCCCGGCGCGAAGCCUGCGAUUCGCGAGCCGAGCGCAGAGCGCAGAGCCGAGUGGCGCACGCUGGGCAGUGGCCUGGGCAACCCCAAGCGCAGCCAGAGCCCUCACCCGAGCCCGCUGGCCCGCGCACUCCCGGACCAUGACUGCCGAGGGACCCAGCCCGCCUGCCCGUUGGCACAGCCGCCUGCCCGGGCUCUGGGCGGCGGCACUGCUCCUGCUCGGUCUGCCGCGCCUUUCGGUGCGGGCGGAUGGAAAGCUCUUUGUGCUGGAGUCUCAGAAUGGCUCUCAGGGCCUAGAACUGGAGGCUGCUCGGCUUUCCUGCAAGAGCAGGGGCGCUCACCUGGUGUCUGCAGACGAGCUGCGGAGAGUGGUACAGGAUUGCUCCUUUGCGGUGUGUGCCACUGGCUGGUUAGCAGAUGGCACUCUUGGAACAACCGUGUGUAGCAAAGGAAGUGGAGAACAGCAAAUCAUGAGAGCUGUUGAUGUGAGAAUUGAGAGCAACCCAGUUCCUGGUGGCACAUACAGUGCCCUUUGUAUUAAGGAUGAAGAGAAGCCGUGUGGAGACCCGCCUUCGUUCCCACACACCAUCCUGCAGGGCCGCACCGGCUUGGAGAUGGGGGAUGAACUGCUGUACGUGUGCGCCCCAGGCCACAUCACGGGCCACCGGGAGACCGCCUUCACCUUGCUAUGUAACAGCUGUGGGGAGUGGUACGGCCUGGUGCAGGCCUGCGGGAAAGAUGAGGCUGAGGCACACAUUGACUAUGAAGAUAACUUCCCUGAUGACAGAUCUGUGUCAUUCAGAGAGCUCAUGGAGGAUUCCCGGACAGAGGCAGAAGAGGACAGGAGUCAGGGAGACUCGUCUGAGAAGGCUCCAAAACAGGACCAUCUGGUCUCCAUUUCUGUGGGGAGAGAAAACAUAGCCCAGGAUAAAGGCUUUGUGCCAACCACAGGCUUGCCUGGCGCUGGGAGCAGUGUCUCUGCAGACUCGCCAGGAUCGCGGCUGCUCCAGAAGCACUUGUUCUGGUUUCCUGCUGAGGCUUUCCACAAGCCUGGGUUGGAAAAGGAGGUGGAUGAUGACACCAAAAAGCAGUUUUCUGCUGGAGACAACCACAGUGGUGUAAAAUUGGUCCCAGGUGAACCUGAAACUAAGGUGAUCUAUGACAACACGGAUGGUCCCUUGGGGCCAUUUGUGGGCAAGACUGAUAGCAAGGCAGGGGAUCCAGUGGUGAGCAGCAGUGAUGAGUCCUGGUUAGAUGGCUACCCUGUGACAGAUGGGGCUUGGAGGAAGACAGAGGCAGAAGAGGAAGAAGAUGGGGACAGAGGGGAUGGGUCAGUAGGACUAGAUGAAAACAUCCUACUUACUCCUGAUCAGCCCAUUCUUGUGGAAGUUAAGAAGCCCUGGAGUAGCACCCUCACACCAAGCGAGGGCAUGACCCAUAGUUCAGUUCUUCCAUCUCAAAUGCUAGAUGUGGAAUCUUUGGCGCUCAGACCCGUGAGUGUGUCCGAGACUGAGGGCAAUGGGGAUGGUGACUUGACCAAGUACCAGUCAACUCUAUCCUGGAGAUUCACCACAGAGGCGUCUCCGAUGGCCACCCUGCCCUAUGAGCUUACCAGCUCCACCCUGGAGAUAUUAACAGCGACCACUGUCAAGCAGACACCUAACCACAUCCCCCUCAACGAUCAUGGCACGACCACCCAGCCUCCAGGAGAAACCAGCCUGCUCCUGAAUCCAGACAGCUUCCCAUAACCUGCUGUCUGAAGACGUCCUUUGGACCAUGAAGGCGCCCCGGGCCGGUACAAGCGAGAGCUUCUCGCACCUUGGAGUCCCUGUGUGGGGGGUCCUGGCCUCAGUAGAGGCGCCUGUGAUCGCCACAUUGUCACCGUCCUGUGCCUACUGCUGCUCCUGGCAGGUGUGGGGAUGGUGUGGGGCUACGCCAGGUACCAGCACAAGAGCUGGUGUACAACUGAAUGUUGGCGACGGCAGGCUCGGCACUACCACCAGCAGAUCGAGAUGGAGAAGGUCUAG